AUGAAGGCAAGUGUUUCAAAUGAGAGAACAGAGGACCAUGGAGUUGAGAAGAAUGUGGUGGAGAUGGACCGGAUCCUGGUGGAGGAGGUGGGGCAGUUUGGGUGGUAUCAGCGCCGGUCGCUGCUGCUGCUGGCGGCAGUCAUGGUGAUGUCUGGAUGGCAGGCCGAGUAUAUCUUCACAGCGGCUAGAGUAAACACUAGAUGUGAAAUUCCAGAAUGCGAGAGCACCUUGGAUCAAGAGUUUACCCCGCUCUGGCUCCUCAACGCAAUACCUGGAUCCAGCUUCACCGACUUCGAAAACUGCCAACGGUUCAACACCACCAUCAUCGUCAUCAACACCACCGUCGCUGACGUCAUCAACGGCACUUGUCCCGCUGCACUGUUUGAUCAGUCCAAUACGAUCUUAUGCGAUAGCUACGUCUAUGAGACCACUGACAGUGUGGUUUAUGAUUAUGACUUGGCCUGUGAUGAAUGGCGUCGUUCGCUGAUCGGGUCCAUCCGCACAGUGGGCACGUUGGUGGCGCUGCCGAUCACCGGCUACGUGUCGGACCGCUGGGGCCGCCGCACUGCGCUGGCACUCAACGCCUUUAACAGCGGUUGGAUCGGCCUCACUCGGUACUGGGCCCGCACUUACAUUGGCUUCGUCGUCUCGCAAUUCGUCGAAGCUGCCCUAGGCUCUGGCAUUACUUCCUGCGUUUUCGUCUUGAUAUUAGAGUUGGUGGGUCCUAAGUACCGGGUGCCGAUCGGCGCAACAAUGAAUACUUGCUUCGCUCUGGGGCAAGUGACAUUGGGAUUAAUAGCUUGGGCGGUUCCAAACUGGCAAAAACUUACAUUAGCUCUGUACAUACCGCAACUGUUCACAAUAACUUACUUUUGGCUGGUAGCAGAAUCUGUACGAUGGUAUAUGUGUAAAGGCCGAUAUGAGAAGGCAGAAAAAGUACUAAUCGAAGUGGCCCGUGUGAACAAAACGGUACUGUCAGAAAAGUCUUUACAGGCAUUGCACAAGAGUGCCACGGAAGAAAAGCGGCGGCAGGCUCAAGCGCGAGAACAGCAGGCGCAAGAGCCCCUACUACUGGUGCUAUUGUGGCGCAACAAGCGCGUGCUGCUGCGCUGCUGCGUGACGCCCGUCUGGUGGAUCACCACCACCUUCAUCUACUACGGCCUCUCCAUCAACUCCGUCAAUAUGUCCGGCAAUAUGUAUGUCAACUACAUGGCAGUCUCUGCCAUUGAAGUACCUGGCUACUGGGUGGCUGCUGCAUUGUUAGGAAGAGUCGGAAGAAAACCUGUACUGGCGAUCGCUUUUUGGGCGUGCUCCAUUUGUCAGAUUGUUUAUUUGUUUCUGCCUGAUAAUUUAUACGGGGCGUCAUUAACUGUGUAUAUGUUUGGCAAGUUCUUCAUAUCGGUGGUGGUGGCGGGGAUCUACAUCUACACUCCGGAGCUUUUUCCCACCAGGUACCGCCACCGGCUGUUCGCCUUCUCCUCGAUGAUGGGCAGGAUCGGCUCCAUCACUGCACCGCUGACGCCAGCUUUUGGUGAUAGCCUUCCUUUCAUUCUGUUUGGAUCGUUGGCGCUGGUAGCGGGUCUACUGAUGCUGUUUACGCCGGAGACCCUCGGAGCCAGGGUACCUGACUCCAUGGAGGACGCCAACAAUAUCAACAAUAAGAAAUAG